AUGGCUGAGGGUUUCAAAUUAUACCAUUAUAACCCGUCUGGUGCUGCUGGUGUCACCUUCGCAGCACUCUUUGGACUCACGGCCAUUAUACAUCUCUGGCAAUUAGGUCGGAACCGAACCUGGUACUUCAUACCUUUUGUCAUCGGUUGUUUAUUUGAGGCAUUCGGUUACUUGGCAAGGUAUGCCAGCGCACAGGAAUCCCCGAAUUGGACCACCAAGCCCUAUAUUGCACAGAGCUUGUUGCUCUUGCUAGCACCCGCAUUAUUUGCGGCUUCUAUAUAUAUGAUUCUCGGCCGUAUCAUUCGUUUGGUGAACGGGGCCUCGUGUUCCCUAGUCAGGCCGUCAUGGUUGACCAAGAUAUUUGUGACGGGUGACGUGUUGUCAUUUUUCAUCCAGAGUGGAGGAGGUGGAAUGCUUGCUACCGCCAAGGACCAAUCAAAAGUAAAACUCGGAAACAACAUGAUUGUUGGCGGACUCUUUGUCCAAAUCCUAUUCUUUGGAUUCUUCAUUGUUGUUUGUGUUGUUUUCCAUCGCCGCAUGCUGGCUACUCCUUCAUAUGCUGUGGGUGACACUCAAAUUCCCUGGGCCCGCUAUAUGAAGGUCCUUUAUAUCGCCAGUAUCUUGGUCAUGGUCCGAUCAAUCUAUCGAGUGGCAGAAUAUGUCCAGGGCAGCGACGGGGUUCUUCAAAGCAAAGAGGUAUUCAUAUAUGUAUUCGAUGCGGUGUUGAUGUUCAUUUGCUGUCUGCUUUUCAACCUCUUCCAUCCAAGCAAGAUUCUCUCGGGCUAUCACAAAACCCAGGAAUUUCCGGAUCUAGAAAUGUUGAAUCAUGGUGGACAUACCGGAUACAGAGGAUAA